GCUGACAGGACCCUGGCGCCGGUGCCGCAGCCCCGGCGUCCUGCCGCUGCGCGCCUUUCUCGGUUUUCCUCACCAGCGCGUAUCGCCAUGGGCAAGAGCCGGACGAAGCGCUUUAAGCGACCUCAGUUCUCCCCCACCGGUGACUGUCAGGCCGAGGCGGCGGCGGCGAACGGGACGGGGCAGGGGGACGACGACGGGCCGGCGGCGGAGCUGCUGGAGAAGCUCCAGCACCCGAGCGCCGAGGUCCGCGAGUGCGCCUGCGCGGGGCUGGCCCGGCUGGUGCAGCAGCGACCCGCGCUCCCCGGCUUGGCGCGCCGCGACGCCGUGCGCCGCCUCGGGCCGCUGCUGCUCGACCCCAGCCUGGCGGUGAGGGAGACGGCGGCCGGCGCGCUGAGAAAUCUCAGUGCUUGUGGAGGUUUUGAAGUUUGCGAUGACAUGGUGACUAAGGAUAUCAUGACUCCUCUGGUUGCACUGCUGAAAGAGUGUGGUGCUGGACUGGAUUCAAAUGAGAUGUCUCCACAGGAAAAAAAAGAUCAAAACAGAAAUUCUAUUGAGACCAUAGCCAAUGAGGCUGUGAACGUGCUGUGGAAUAUAUGUGAAUGCAGUAGUAGAGCGGUAUCUAUAUUCAACAAAGAAGGGUGUUUGGAGAUUGUAUUAAAGUAUUUAAGUAGGUUUCCCACCAAUGUUGACCUGGCUAUUUCUGUAGCAUAUUGUUUGCAGACGGUGACUGAAGAUAACCCAGAGCUAUUGAGAUCUUUCAGUGCUCCGGCACUGCAGGUGCUGGAAUCAGUUAUGCUGUCUCCUGUCAAUUCCAUGGAAUACAUUCUUUUAAAGACAUUAGUAGCAGGCACCGUUUGGAACCUAAAGGACGUUAUUCCAUCUAAGAGUCAGGCAGAAAUCAUAAAUGCCAUACUAAAGAUCUUAUCUGAAGUUUUGGAAAUGGAUGCUGGUAAAACGGUGAUUCAAAUGAAGGAGGCUGAGACUCAAAGGUUAAAAACUGCUGCGGAGACUGAGGAAAUAUUAGAGAAUGUUAAUGGUGAUGAUUUGAUUGAAGAUGAUGAAAUGGAAGGAAUGCCUCAUAAAAGAAAAGUCAGAAGGAAAACUUUUAUUUCAGAUUUACUUCCACCUACUGACAAGGAACUGAGAGAGACCAUGGCAUUGCUGACAGCUCAACAGACUGCUCUGGAAAUUAUUGUCAAUAUGUGCUGCAGUGAAGAGCCCUCCGAUGAUGAAUGGGAAGAGCUUUCCAGCAGUGACGAAAGUGAUGCAUUUAUGGAGAAUUCCUUCAAUGAGUGUGGGGGGCAGCUGCUGUCUCCCCUCUGCCUCUCCCAUGAGAUUCACACUGCUCUCACCAGUUACCUCAUCCCAAAGAAGAUUUUUGAGAAAACUGCCUUUCCAAACAGCACUGCAGUCGACAUAUGUUCUAAGAAUCCCAUGUGGAAACCUUUGAUUAGAAAAAUGAACACCAUACAAUGUAGAGCUCUGGUAUGUCUCCAGAGUCUUGUGUCCCUCCUGGAUGUGGACCAUCUGGGAGGAGCUCCAGCCCUUCAGACGCUUGCACAGCAUCUGUCAGAACUGCUCUUUUCUCAGCCAGAUUUUGCUAAGCAUGUUGACUUUCUCGAAGCCAUAAGUAGUGCCUUGAGGGCCCUUUUGCAAACAAUGGCCUCCAAGAACAUUUCUCAGUGCAUGACUCCCGACCAGCUGAUGUCGUUAUGCAAAGCGGGCAUUUAUAGUAGUAAUAUUGGGGUUAGAGUAAACGUAGUUAGUAUUUUAGGAAUCACUGGCAGUGUCCUAGCCAAAGAAGAUGGUACGCUUGAAACUCUUAAGACCAUUGGGUCCUUCCUGCUUGAGGUUGUCACUAAAGAUCCUUCUCUGGUAGUAGCAGGAGAAGCUUUGGAUGCCUUGUUCGAUGUUUUUGCAGAUGGUAAAGAAGCCGAAAGGGCCUCAGUUCAAAUUAAAUUGUUGUCUACUCUAAAAGAAUUCCAGCCUGUCUUCAAAUUGAAGAUACGAAAAGAAGGCAAAGGUAAAUACAGUCCAGAUCAGCUGUGUGUCCUUGACAAUGUGAAGAUGAAUUUGAGAAGGUUCAUUGCUUAUCAAGAAACUGUUGAGAAAAGACUGACUUCUUAACUUUUGAAAGACAGACCCAUUCCUGCUCCACCGUGUUCAAUGCUAAGAGUACUAAAGGCUCUCCUUCGAAGGUAUAUGUUUCUGAAAGUCAUUUUUAAUAUCUACAUUCUCUACAUUAAUUUGACAACCUAUCAGGAACUCUUUCAAGCUCUGGGAUCUAUGUGGCAUUUGUUUCUCUAAAUUAUGUUUCCAGCAUGUUUUAAGCACUGGAAACACGAGGGGAAACACAAAGGAAUCUCAGCUGGUUCUUUGUGGUUUCUUUGUAAAGAAACUUCCAAACAAUCAUGUUCUCCUUGAAUUUUACAAAAAUAGCAAAAGUCAAAGAAUUUCUUGGAUGCUCUUUUUAGCUGGUAUCAUUUUAUAUUAGCUGAAUCGCUAACUGAAAUAGGAAGACAAACUUUAUAAAACUUAUAGAAGAUUUUGGUAUGCAGCAUAUUGACUAUACCUUUUGUGAUGAAGUAAACAAGUUGAAUUUAUAUUUCACUAUUUAAUAGACUAUACUAAAGAGCUGGUAAGGUAAUUGUCAUCUAUACAAGUGGAUAUGACCAAUAAUUGUUUUGUAACAUCACUCCUUGACUUGAUACGGUAUCAGAAUAAGCAGAAAAUAUUUUUUAAUAAAUAACUUUUUAAAUUGAAAGCUUCGUGUCUUAUAAAAUCCUUUUUACAGAUAUCAAAUAACUGUAUUCCCGGGUGUUUGCUUAUAGUGGAUAUUGUUUCAAAUAUAUGUGAAUAUUAAAAUCAAGACUUAUUUUACUAUUCUCAAUGUUCUCGAAGGAACAGCGUGACAACUGGGGCAGGGGAGGGAAUUUCGGUAUGUGUUGCUGUCUGGCCCUAUCUGAUGGGCCCCUGGGCCAGUUCUGUCAUCCAUGCAUUUGCCUGGUCAGAAGAACUGUCUGUGGUGAUUUGACAGUUUCCCCACAGUUGAUCUUAGAAGCCCCGUUAAAAGUUCCAAUACCCAAUGUAGUACUUAACUUUUAUUCACCAUUUCUGCAACUGCCUAUAAUGAGCCAGUAGUGUUAUUUUCAUCAAUACUGUGACAUAUUUUACAGUUUUUUUUAUAUGUUUGGUACAAAUUGUUGGGAAAUCAAGAUUGAGUCCCAGCUCUGAUAAUCCCUGAGUCCAUGAGACCUGGUAAAAGGACGAGAUUCUGUAUUUGGGUGGGAAACAGAAGUAGCAUACUGUAAAUGAAAAAUGGUUCUGCUUUCUUAUGCUCUUUGGCUGUGAGUUUUAUGGUAUGUGUAGGUAUAUCUAGCGAUCAUCUCAGUGAAAUGUUUGACCCAAGCUUUUUAGAGCAUGAUUCCUUUGAAAGGAAUUUUUUUUUAAAAAAAAAAGAUUUAUUUAUUUUUGCAUACAAGAACUGGAAUGUAAGCCAUAGAUGCAGGAGGUGAGAGGAUUUACCAGAGAGAGUGCAGAGUAGAACAGGCAGAUGUACUGAAAUACACUGCUGAGGGGAGCAGCGGGCGAGGCAGGAGAGGUCUGCUGCU